AAAACAGAGUCAAUUUUCAGUUCCAAUCCAAUCGAAUUUUUCAAGCUAGUUAUGGCGAGUGGUGGUGGUGGUGUUGUUGUGGAGCCCAAAACGAAGUUGCAAUUGUAUUCUUACUUUCGGAGCUCUUGCUCUCAACGUGUUCGUAUUGCUCUUAACUUGAAAGGUCUUGAUUAUGAAUACAAAGCAGUUAAUUUACUCAAGGGAGAGCAGUUGAGUCCUGAGUUUUUGAAGCUCAAUCCUGUUGGUUAUGUGCCGGUCUUGGUGGAUGAGGACAUUGUGCUUUCAGACUCUUUUGCAAUCUUGAUGUAUUUGGAAGAGAAGUAUCCUCAACAUCCAUUGUUGCCUCAUGAUCUUCAAAGAAGAGGCAUCAACUACCAGGUAUAAUGCAUGUAAUCUCUUAUUUUUUUGAUCAAUUGAUA